AUGUCAUCACCAAAAGUCUCCAAGAAGCCAGUUGCUGAGCGGACCUUUGGGUUGACUCAAUCUGAAGUCCGCAUGAUGCUGCUUGCGUACAAGUGCGUGGAGUCUGAAAGCAAGAUCGAUUAUAAGAAGCUCGCCGCCAUCAGCAACGUCAGCGUUAGCUCGGCUCCUGUGAUAUACAGACGAGCUUUCAGAAAGCUGUCAAGCUUCAACUGUGAUGUGGAGGGCAGCGGUGACAGCGAGGAGAAUGAUUCCUCCAUCCCCGCUACUUCUGGUCCACUGACUCCUGCUCGGACUCCUAAAAGAAAUGGGGGUGGUCGUCGUCGCAAGGGAAAAGAUUCUGAGCCGGAUACUAAAGCAAAAAUCGAGGUUCCAGACGACCAAGAGAGCGACAGGGAGCUCAAUAUCACGAUGGAGGAUUAUAUCGAGGGGCUUGAAGCUGCCCGGUGA